CCCAGACGGAGGAAACACCGAGCCUAGAGACAUGAGAGUUGGAGGAGCAUUCCACCUUCUACUCGUGUGCCUGAGCCCAGCACUGCUGUCUGCUGUGCGGAUCAACGGGGAUGGACAGGAGGUCCUGUACCUGGCAGAAGGUGAUAAUGUGAGGCUGGGCUGCCCCUACGUCCUGGACCCUGAGGACUAUGGUCCCAAUGGGCUGGACAUCGAGUGGAUGCAGGUCAACUCAGACCCCGCCCACCACCGAGAGAACGUGUUCCUUAGUUACCAGGACAAGAGGAUCAACCAUGGCAACCUUCCCCAUCUGCAGCAGAGGGUCCGCUUUGCAGCCUCAGACCCAAGCCAGUACGAUGCCUCCAUCAACCUCAUGAACCUGCAGGUAUCUGAUACAGCCACUUAUGAGUGCCGAGUGAAGAAGACCACCAUGGCCACCCGGAAGGUCAUUGUCACUGUCCAAGCACGACCUGCAGUGCCCAUGUGCUGGACAGAGGGCCACAUGACAUCUGGCAACGAUGUGGUGCUGAAGUGCUAUGCCAGUGGGGGCUCCCAGCCCCUCUCCUACAAGUGGGCCAAGAUCAGUGGGCACCAUUACCCCUAUCGAGCUGGGUCUUACACCUCCCAGCACAGCUACCACUCAGAGCUGUCCUACCAGGAGUCCUUCCACAGCGCCAUAAACCAAGGCCUGAACAAUGGGGACCUGGUGUUGAAGGAUAUCUCCAGAGCAGAUGAUGGCCUGUAUCAGUGCACAGUGGCCAACAACGUGGGCUACAGUGUUUGUGUGGUGGAGGUGAAGGUCUCAGACUCCCGGCGUAUAGGCGUGAUCAUCGGCAUCGUCCUGGGCUUUCUGCUCGCGCUGGGCUGCCUGGCCGUAGGCAUCUGGGGGCUCGUCUGCUGCUGCUGCGGGGGCUCCGGGGCUGGCGGCGCCCGCGGUGCCUUCGGCUACGGCAACGGCGGCGGGGUCGGCGGAGGGGCAUGCGGCGACUUGGCUAGUGAGAUCAGAGAGGACGCCGUGGCGCCCGGGUGCAAGGCCAGCGGGCGCGGCAGCCGCGUCACCCACCUCCUGGGGUACCCGACGCAGAACGUCAGCCGCUCCCUGCGCCGCAAGUACGCGCCUCCCCCCUGCGGCGGCCCCGAGGACGUGGCCCUGGCGCCCUGCACCGCCGCCGCCGCCUGCGAAGCGGGCCCCUCGCCGGUCUACGUCAAGGUCAAGAGCGCGGAGCCGGCUGACUGCGCCGAGGGGCCGGUGCAGUGCAAGAACGGCCUGUUGGUGUGAGCGCGCGCGCCGGGCCGGGCUGCGCCCCAGCCAGGAGGAGGGCGCGGGGCUCUCUGUCCGCAGCUGGGGACACGUCGGGGCUGGGGACGACCUCGCUCGCCCCAGGCUGCCAGGCGGCUGGGGGUGAAGGCAUUUCCCUAAGGAAAUGCGUAGGGAGGCAGAGCCUCCUCCCCAAAAGUGGGAAGGGGCGGGCGAGGGCGGAGGAAGGCGAUCCUGAGCCUUCUCCGCACCCCCGGGACCGAAGGCUUGGGGGAGAGGGAGGGAGGAGGAGGCUGAGUGUCUUAGAGCGGCUGAGGCCGGAGGCCUGGUGUCCCCAGCCUAAGCAGAGGGCCCCGGGGGCCGGGUGGGUGGGGGUCUGUCUGGACGAAUUGUUCUGUGUGUGAGGUCUGAGCUCUGAGGCAGCAGUGUUAGCACAAUAAAGAAACAUUGAGACGUGAGUCCGAAGUGGCUGUCCGCAUUCCACGGAGGUUGGGCACGGGGUGGCGAGCCCUGGCCAGGGCCGGGGAGGGUUGCUUCUGUCGCUCGCCUCGACCACGCCCCCUCUCCUCCCUCCUGCUUAGAUCCCUGGCAGUCAGAGCUGGAAGGGGCCAUCCAGGGCAACUCCUUUGAACAACAUACAAAGUGCAGAUAAAACGAAAACAAAGACAAAAAGAAUUAGCUCAGAAUAUCUACGACCGUAAAAUAAACUGAGGAACCGACAAAGUGCAAUACACUUGCCAUUUCUAAAUAUUCAAAGUUUUCACAUGUCAAGAUUUUCUAUUGAGAAUAAUGUGCUCUGAAGGUCUAGGGAGUCUUUGUAUGUUGUUGAAAGCUAAAAGGAAACUAAUCCUUGGAGCACAGAAGGCACAGGCAUCCGGUGAGACAGAAACAAGGACAUGUGAAAAUAAGACUACCACCUCUUAUAUUAAAAAACUAAGUGCCACAGUUCUAGGGUGCUGGGUGAAGUGCAGGAAGGAGGGGGAAUAAUAUUUAUGUAGCAUAUAUUAUGGAACUCGGAGAGUAUGGUAAAUCCCUUCACCUAGAUGCUGCUGGUGUUUUAGAUCAAUUAUUUUUGUGAUUCUUUUUUUUUCAUUUGUCUUCAUUUGUCAACUUGUGCAGAGCCCAUUCGGCAGGAGAUGUUUGAGAAAUACCAAGUGAAUGAGUGUGGCAGCAUUACUUUAUGCUAGAAAAAACAGUUUUUAGAUAUUUUACAGUUACUGCCUUAUGAUGGAAUAUUCUGUGGUGAGAAUCUAGGCCUUUCUGAGAUCCAGCUCCACGUUCUUACACCCUGAAGUAGUCAGCCACUCCUAGAUAGGGAUUAAUUGAGCUAUUUAGUAUUUACCAGCACUUGUUUUGUUAAACACCUUGUCAUGAUAUUUACAAUGUAUUUUGGGGGAUGUUUUAGUCAUUUUUGGUUCAAAAGUGGAAAUCAAUAAGCACUGUUUUUGUUAAUAGGUGCAAGACGUCCUCUCUUGUUUAGUGAGAUGGGGAAUGCUUAAUUGAAGAGUAAUGUUUGAGAUAAAGUUCCAAGGAUAUAUUUGCUAAGCAAACAGUAAGUAAAGUGGGCAGUGUUAUAGAUGUUCCUUUGUUGAUAAAGGGACCAGUUGGUCACACAGCAAGGAGGGGGAUGCAGACAAGUAGACAAGCUCUACUAAUCCUUCUUUGUUCGACAUCAUCUCUGUUGGGCAUUGGAAUCUACUUUGCUAAUGCAAUGCCUGCUUGCCUAUAAUUUAAGAAUUUCUAAUAUGGAAUAGAAAUGAUUAAUAGGAGAAGCUUGGCUGGAUUAAUUUCCUGUGCUGAGCAAGAUUAAACUUAAAAAAAAAACAGUUAGGUCCAUCCUAAAUGCCCAAGAUUUAAGAAGGAACCUCAUAGUUCAACUGGGUAUUUGAUGAAUGUGAAUGAUUUUGUAUUUGAUGAGCUGAUGAGGACAACAUAGUGAUGCAGAGGGUAGGUGCUUGUACAUCUGAAUUGUUUGGGCUGUCUGUUUCUCAUUUUAUACGUAAUUUAUUUGUAUUUAAAGAGUUCAUUUUAUGUUAGAUUAUUUGUGCUUUGGUAGCAAAAAUAUAUUUGAAAGGGUAAGUUCCUGAAAUCAGCAGUUUCAUGUCUGCUAGGAGACAUGUAUCAGGAAAAGUAGUGUGGGUUCUAUUAUUUCCAUGCUACAACUUGGAUGGUGUUACCUUACCACUUUGGUCCCUUGUUUCAGGGAUGUUAGAACUUAGCUUAGACCUUCCUCAGAAUCCUUUUGGACUUUGUGUUUCAUUUGUUUGGCCUGCCUUGAUUUUAUUUGGUCAUCCUUCUUGAUUCUUUCAUACUAUUUGUUUACACUUAACUCUGGAAUAUUUUGGUGGUUGUUUUCAAUGUACUGUAGGUCUUUGAAUUGGUUUAUAAUGAAUUAUUGAGGAGAAUAGCAAGUUGUUGACAUUAUAUCUGUCUGUAGUAACAUUAGAAUAUUUCCAUUUCAAUUUGUUGGGCAAUUUGCUUGUGGAAAUAUAAGAUGUUAUAUUUAGUUCUAUCAAAACCAGGAUCUCAAUAUUAUUCUUUUGGCAGGUUGCUCUGUGUGUGUGUGUGUGUGUGUGUGUGUGUGUGUGUGUGUGUCUGUCUGUCUUUGAUUUUUUUCCUUCCUAUUUUCCCCUUAAUUCGGUGUCAGUCAGUACUGUUGCUGUUUCACAUCCAUUGUCACAUAAAAGUAGUCAUCUCAUUCUCCCAGGCCCCCUGUCCUUGGGAAGGGAUGUGCACUCUGCAGGUAUUAGUGAUUUUAUGUAGCUGCAUGAGUUGCUGGGAAAGGCCUUGGCUGGAUUUAUAAUGAGCUGUGUUUACUGAGCAUUAUGAAGUAAAGUUCAAUAUGAUUACUCUGAAGUCUGACCUAAAAAAAAUCCUACUCCUUCACUAUACAGAUAGGGAAACUGAGGCCCCUCAGGCUGGACUUUAAAUCCCCAAUCCUACUUUUCCAUUUUAUUCUAGAAGGUCAGAUGAGAGGAAACACGGCUCUGUCAUGGAUGACCUCUAAAUGAUCCCUGACCAUUCUUAGCAUCCUUCUUUCUCUUCCCCUCAUUGACCUAAUCCUGAAUUCUUUUAUCUCUUUCAGAUGUAUGCCUUCUUUCUUAAUAGCCAGGAAGUGUUUCAGAGUCAUACUCUCUGGUGUAGAAACACCUUCAAGGCCAACUAACCCAGCUCCCCCUUUUGGUGGGAAGGGGAUUGGCAUUUAUUGAGCACCUAUUAAGUGUUAGGUGCUUUUUGAUUUUUUGUCUUAUUUAUUCCUUACUUUAGUCCUAUGAGGUUGUGUAUUAUCCCCAUUAUACAGAUGAAUAAACUGAGGCUCAGAGGGAUUAGGUAUCUUGACCAAGGCAACAAAGAUAAUAAAGAUAAUUCAGGAUUUGAUCUAGGCAUGUUUGAUUCCAGGACAGCAGGCUGUUUCUCUGGCAUUUGAAUUCCUUCUAUAGCAUUCCCGACAAUGGGUAUGUAACGUCUUCUUGACAACCUCCAAUGGCAGCUCACUACCUUCCAAGGCAGGCCACUUGGCCUCUGACUGUCAAUAUUCAACAGAACAUUUCUCUGAACCCGGUUUUUGUCCCCAUAUAGCUUUUAUCCCUUGAUCCAAGUUCUACUCUUAGGGACCCCAGAGCAUUGUAUUUCUAAUUCAGCUGCCUCUAGUGGACAAAGUGGUUGCACGCCAUACAGGAUGGCUGUAACAGGGACACAACUGGACACUUGUCUGGUCUAGUUGGUAGGAGGUGUUCAGAAGAGCACAGUACUUCAAGGUCACUUCGUUCUACUUUCCUUUCCCCAGCUGCCUGCUU